AUGCAUGAGAGAGAAGGAUGGAAGGGACGGGCCUUGAGAAGUGAAAUCCUUCCACCGCCGCAAGACUCAGACACCGACUCGGGCAUAUGUGCAGACUCGGAUCAGAGCAGUCCCCGGCACGCCCAGCCAAUCAACGGCUUUCCGGGCUCAUCACUUCCUCGUCACCUAGCGCCCGGCUAUCAGCCACCACGAGAACUCGACAAUAGGGACUACCUUACUCCGAACAGUGCUCGACGCCUACUUGAGGGGGUCAACAUUUCGGCAUCGCCACGACGUCUGCCGCAACGCCCCACAGGCGCUCCGGCAGCUCCCGCUCCACCUCUCCAAAAUGGAGGACCGGCGGCGCGAGUCGCAAAACAGUUUCGCGUCCGAUUCGCCGAUCAGGUCAGUGACGGUCUUGCGUGCACAUCGAGUGGCUCGUCCGACUCGAACACGUCGCCAAAAGGAGCACAAAAUUCCUGUGUCACCUUCUACCCGCAAUCGGGCGUUGGGAUCAACCAGACAGCCGUCCCAGCCACAGUCACUCAACAGAAUGGUUUCCUCUCGAGUCCGAGUCGAAAAUUUGAGGCCACAAAUGGGAAAUUGGCACAAAAGUCGCAGCCAGCAAGCGAGAGGGGAUAUGAGACUUUAUCCCGUGCCCCACCGCCGGCGAUGAGAAAACUGCAGCACAAUUCGUAUUCGAUAGAGGAUGUCGAGGGACUCCCAGAACCCCCGUCUUAUUCAAUAGCAAUGCAGAGAUUAAGGCAGCUACAGCAACCGUGGAACCCAAGGCCCAGCUCGUCGUCGCCAUUACAUGGUCGACCAACUCUUGCCCAAUCGACCUCAGUCGGUCCAUCGCCACCGAUUCCGCACAUCACACAACCCUCCGUCAGCACCUACAAUAGCCCAGUGCUCGGCACAAAGAUCAGCGCUCAAUUGAGUCAACCAAGAGAAUCGAUUCGAGACACAGUGAUUCGACACUCUGUGGAGAAUAGCUUAAACAAUCGCUUUCGAAAUCGAUCCGCCAGUCUCCCCCGUGGCACUCAUCUAUCAGAUUAUGAGGCGUACAAUGAUUUUCUUCCAUCAACCGCUGGUCGGAUGUACGAUUUGCAAUCGUUCAACCGUUUCCCACCAACCGAGCAAAUGGCGGGCAGUCUCGACAAUUUGCACAUAAACACAUCAUUCGGCGGAGAGAUGGAAACGGAUUUAGCGGGACGGAGAAGACUUCCAGCGACACCGAUUGGACUCAUUCAACAACAAAUGACAACGGAUGCUGUGGAGUUGAUCGAUCCGAUUGGGAGACAACCGGCAUACUCGAGGCAAAGACGUUGUCGACGAAUGGGCGAAAUGACGGGAAGACGAUCGGCAAGUGUCGGGAGAUAUGACGAUUCGCCUACUCUUCCGUUCACCGAUUACGAUUUUGUCGGUGGCGUCGAACAAGCAGUGCGAGCCCAGCUGGUCGCCUUGGAUCACCGAGGUUUCCGGACGGUUCUCGUGGAAAAGAUUCAGCCUGGUCCUUUCGGCUUCUACAUUGCCACCGGGAUGCUCAAUGGGCAAAGAGGUAUUUUCAUCUCGCGUGUCUCGAUCGCUUCUCUUUCCCCUGUGCUCUCAGUUGGUGAUGAGAUUCUCUAUGUCGAUGAUGAGCUGGUGAAAGGACGAACGCUGGAAUACGUACAGACGAUGAUCGCCGGAAAGACCCAAGUCGUCAUUGUCACUCUUCCAUCGGUUGGACCGGCUUUGUGC